ACGGGACAGGAGACUGUUUGAAAAAAACUGCAGGAGAGAAAGAGGGAGGUGGUUUAUGCGAACCGCUUGACUGGACACCUCAGGUUUAACUGUAUCAUUGAAAAAGGAAAGGGGACUGACUGCAACUCGCCUUGAUGCUCUCCACUACAAAUCUGCCUUUUUGAAGGCUGCUUUUUUAAUGCGAGUAGAGAGGGAAAGUUGUGGAAGCAGAAUGCGAAAUGAAUGCACAAAGAAACUUUAGAAUGUCGCCUGCAGGCCUAUCACGUUUAGGCUUGCGGUAGGUUACAAAACAGAACUAUCCCUUAUGGGCGCCUGCAAAAAUAUAGUUUCCUUUAAACGACAUGUGUUACACAUCAUAGGAAACUGGAACAAUAGUCUAUGUGGUGAGGUGGGCUAGGUGAUCGCCACAGUGGAGCCUUCGUGGAUAUCGUUCGUAGGCUAGUCUACAUAAGCACAGUUUUCAGGACAUGAUUGACAAUAGGAGUUAGGCUAUCUGAGUAAGGUCCUCCCCUCUUUCUCCACCAUAUUUUGUGAGUUUAGGCCCUCUCUGCGCCUCUUCCUUCUCCUUCCCUCCCUCUCUCCCCCUUUUCCUUAAGAAUAUGGAAAUCACGCCCCCUUCUCUCUCUCUUUCUCUGCGACUCGCUGUGGAUCCCUCACUCGCCCCUCCGUCAAAACCGUACGCGUACCGACGGCAAAAAAGUGCAAGCCGUCUUGACAGAGGAGAGGGGGAGAGAAAGGAAAAAAAUAGGGUUGAAGGGGGUGGGGAAGAGGCAAACGUACGCAUCAAUUUGUACAGUCUUCAGCAGCAACCCUCUCCACGCACUGACUUAGGAGGGGAGCGGAGAAAAGGAACAUUUCGGCAUUAUUGCAAUGUGAACCUACCCGUACCUUACAGUGUAUGCAUGCACUCAAUCCAGUCCGUGUAUGACAACGUACAGUACAACCAAGGGACUGAAAGAAAAAGAAGAGUGGGAGAAAGGGACACGCUUCGCUGGAUACCAUAGGUCUCUUAGGCCCCUUCCAAACACAGGGGUCGGCUCUGAUCUUGUUUUUGAAAAUGGCCGCAGGGAAGAAAUGGACCACGUAGGGUGGCGACAAUGAAAACCCGAACUCACAAAGAAUCGAUGCCCAUGCGCAGUGGGCGCAGGAGGGGGGGCAGUGAGGAGAGGAGGGGUAGGCGCCCUCACCCCAGCCCCUCUCGAGCCGAGCGCAAUGACAGGCAGACGCAACGCACGUCUGGCGAAGAACUGCCAGUCAACCGCUUCAAUUGUAGAUCCCAAGGUCACGAUUCGUCCGAGAGUGAGGGGGAGGAGCUUGUUCCACCCCCAAAGAGACAGAAAGUACAGGACUCUGUUUCUUCUAAUCCCCCACCUUCAACCCAUUCCACCGACACCUCAACUUCAGCCCCGCCUCCGUCCUCAGCACCCAACCAAUCACGAGAAAGUGACAACGAGGACGGCCAGUCCCAGGGCAGCAGGAGCUCCGUUGGCGGAAGCUUGGCCAAUAGCAGCAGCAGCCUGAGUAGCGGGCGGGACAUUGACCAGGACAAUCGUUCCUCCUCCCCAAGCCUGUCUGCCUCACCUCUGGCCAGCCUAGACUCAGAGUCCGACUCGCCCGACUCCCCGAAGCAUGGCGGCGACCGGGAACGCCAUGACAAAACCAAGGAGAGUGCCGCGGCCAAAUCGGGCACAGAGGAGCGGAGGAGUGCCACCCGGGCUGCAGCCGAGGAGGCCGUGGAGCACAGGGACGUCGACAGCGCGAUGGAGGAUGUGGCUCCCCUGAAGCCAUCGGCCUCACUGGCCCCCUCCCUCCGAGGGUCUGUGGAGAUCCUGAGCGAGGGCAAUAGCAGCAGUGGAGGCGGCAGGAAGUCCUACUUUUCCCUGGACUCCAAGCUGGUGACCAAGAUGGACUACACUGGGCCUGGGAUGGCCGAGGGUGUGCACGCUAGCAAUCGGAUCAACUCCAAAGCGAACGCUCAGGGCGUGAACAAGGUGGUGGUGGGAGGGGUCGAGUUCCCCCACGGCACCCCCAACGCCACCCAUCCUCCACCCCUGCCCCCUCCACCUGCUCUCAAGCCCCUGGAGGUGGGGCAAAACCUGCCUGGGGACUCCAAGGGAGACAAACUGGACAAGGGUGACAAGUCGGCACCUCCAUCCCUUCUGCCCCAGACCAGCCCGUUGCCCCAGCAACAGCAGCAGUCGCAGCCUGUCCCUCCCCACUCUCACCAUUACACCCCCACCAGUUGGCCAGGAAACGCCACCUCCAGUUGCCCCGGAAACUGGGGCUACGCUCGUUACCCCGGCAACCAUCACCCGCACCCCCCAGUGCAGCAGCAGCAGCUACCCUCCGUCUACAACCCCCCCUCCUCCUCCCGCCACUCCUCACACCCGCCAUACCUGCCCCACCCCCACCGGGAAUACCUGCCCAGGUAUGCAGGUGGCGCAGCGGAGCGGGGGCAGGGGCAGGGGCAGGUGGAGAGAGAGAGGGGGGUUCGUGAGUUUGGGGGAAGGGGGGAGAUGGGUCGGGAGUUCCCCAUCGGUAUCAACAUCAGCAGUGGAAACAGCAGCAGUGGCAGCAACAGCAGCAUAAACAGUAACAGCAACAUGAGCACCUGUGGAGUUGGGGGGGCCGGUGGCAGUAACGGUGGUGGUGGUGGUGGUGGUGGUGGUGGUAACCAGGCCAGGGACUUUGGGAGCCUGGCAGGGGGCCAGAGCCGCGAGUUCAGCGGGCUGGGCCCUCAGGGAGGGGCGCGUGACGGCCCCCCAGGAGCAGGCGGGGGCAGGGAGUUUGGGUCGGGUUUCAGAGACAGGGAGAGAGAGAGGGAGAGAGAGAGGGAGAGGGACACAGGGAGGGAGUUUCCUGCUCCCAACCAGCACCAGGGCCAAGCCAGGGACUUCGGCCCUGCGGGGGCAGGUGUGCACGCCAGGGACAAGGAGGGCAGGUGGGGGGAGUUUGUGGGGCAGCUGCGAGAAUCCGGGGGCAACGGUAACCCUGGUAAUAAUAGUAACAUAGCAGCGGGGAGCGUCAACGCCCCAGCAGGCGGGCUGGCCGGACUGAACCGAGACCCGCCGCGCUCACCCCAGAACAGCAACCCAAACCACCCGAACCACCCUGCCCAUGCGUCUGUGCCCCCACACACACAGGGUCCAAACCACCCAGGCAGAGACUACCCACCUGCAAUGGACGCUCCCCACCAGCACCCACAGCAGCAGGCACAGCAAGGGCAGCCCUCUCAGGCCCCUUCCUCUGGAGCAGACCCACACCCACCCCACUAUCUGAGAGAGUACCCUGCCCCGGGGUCAAAGGAGUACCCCCCUAGUGCCCCCCCCACCAGCGCCGCUCACCAGGGUGGAGCCAGAGAGUACCCCAGCCCUCCAGGCAUGGCCCAGAACAUGGGGCGUGAGUAUGCUGGAGGAGGGCCAAUGCCCCACCCGCCCCAUCCACACUACCAAGGUCAGCCCGGCCUGCCCCUCCAGACUCGGGACCGAGAGAGGGAGAGAGAGGGUGGUGCCCCCCCACCUGGACAUUAUCACCACAACCGAGCCGGACCCCACCCUCCCGCACUCUCCCCUUCCACUGGAACUUAUGGACAUCCACCUGUUCCUUACCCUCCCCCGCCUCCCCCUCCCCCCACCUCCCACUCUCAGCCCCCACCCCCAUCCGGCCACUCAGCCAAUCAUGCUCGAGCAGGACCAUACUCAACGACCAAUCAAACGCCCCCGACCCCACUCUCCCCUCUACCUAGCCCCUCAACCAAUCAGAUGUCUGGGAUCCCCCCUUACCCGUCAGCCCCUGCUUCGACAGCCAACAUCCCACUUCCUGCCACAGGCGUGGCAACUUCCUGCUCCUCUGGAUGCAGGCCCUCUCCCUAUCAUAGCACUUUAAAUAGUCACGGCCCUUACAGUAGCGCUUACCAUGGCAACAGUCACAACGUCAAUGCCAUGGUAACAAACAACAACAAUGCCACCAAUGGUGGUACCCUGAACAACAAUACUAACAGCACACACCUGCAGUCCCUCUCUCCCCAAAAUCCCCUGAAGGUCCAGCAUGGUUCACACGGCCCCCCUGGUGGUCCCCCAAUGGCCAAUCCUGUGGGUUCAGAUGGUCCGCACGAUGCAGCAGUUGGCUCCUUACAGCCGCCAGUCAUAAAGGAAGAACCCAUGGAAGACAGAGAGGAGACUGACAGCCCGCCCCCUGUCCUAAGAAGCCCCUCCCCUGAGCCAAAGCCUGUCGACAUUCCAAUCCACGCCAGCCAAUCAGCUCGGUUCCACAGGGUACUAGACCGAGGCAGUGGGAACUCCUGUGCCCGCAGCGAUGUUCUCUUCGUUCCACUGGACGGUUCCAAACUGUGGAAGAAACGGAACGAGGCGAUUGAGCGCGCCAGAAGAGAGGUGGAGCAGCGGGCCAGAGACCUGAGAGAGAAGGAGAGGGAGAGAGAGAGAGAGAGAGACCUGGAGAGGCAACUCCAGUGUCAGCAGAAGGAGAGCGCCAGCAGCACCACUGGGGUGUUGGGGGCGGGAGGUCCCUUCCGGGAGCUGCCCCAGUCCUCGUCUCUGGGUGGCUCCAUGUCGGCGGCGCACCAGCUGCAGGCCAUGCAACAGGCCCAGAGCGCUGAGCUGCACAUCCAGCGGAUGGCGCUAGAGCAGCAGUGGAUACAUCACCACCACCACCACAGCCUAGCGCAGGACGAGUACUACAGCCACCUGAAGAAAGAGAGUGACAAAACACUGUGAGGGAGGGAUCCACAGGGGGAAAGAUGAGAAGAGAAGAGAAGAGAAGAGAAGAGGAGAGGAAGCGAUGGACAGAAGGAGAGAAGGAGAGGAGAAUAGGAGGAGCACAUGUGCAAAUAAAUAAAUAAAUAGAUAAACGAAUGAUAUUCAAACGAGAGCACUGAAGUUGACUGGCAGAACUGGAAGGACCCAGAGAGUCCCAGCAGCACGCCAAUGACCAAUGAGAAGACCCGGAACUGAGCCACCAAGUCACGUCUGGCCAAUCACAGCCUGUGUAAUUACCACCAGGCCCUGCCCACACACCCAGUGGAAUUUUACCAAGCUCCGCCCAGCCUUGUGAUCAUUGUACCUUUGUAAAGUAAAGGCUGCGGAGACGGCAACAGCAUCUGUACCAUAGAAUACUCCCCAGAGAAUGUCUACAAAAUGAAGUCCUGUUUUAUGUCUUUGCAUGUAGCUAGAAGCCUACCCUGACCUGGUGAAACACUUUGUUUGUUAAUGUUUGUCUUUUUGUUUAUGUUUUGUUUGUUUGUUUGUUUUUUAUUUUUUUAGUGAAGCCCUCACUCUAAAAGGACGGGUUUUUUUGUAUGUAUGCAUGAGACCAAUUUAGUGACAUAUUAUGUUUAUUAUUGAUAGUAUAAUGAUAAUAAUUAUUAUCAAUGUUGUCUGUUUGUUAAUAAUGAUAUGAUUAUAUAAACAUAUUAUUUUGUAUUAUUUUUUUACAUUUUCAUGGUAUCGCUGUUUAUUUUUAGUUUUUUAUUUUGAAUUUCCCUUGUGAAAAAAAGAGAUGCAAAAUGAAGGAUGAUGAAAAAUAAAAGAUCGUUU